UUGGGCGUCCACCCCAGCCCACGAGAGGCCCAUCCAGCCCAAGCUCGAAGUCCAUUGCUCCAGCCUGCACACCUCGCCUCCUCCCCGUCCCCAUCUCCGGUGUCCCUCGCCGCCGGCGCCUCCUGCCCCUCACCGGCGCCACGCUAACUGUCUCCGCGCCAGCGCCAGGCGAGAGGUCUUCUUCUUCCUCCAGUGACCGGAACCCUGGAGCCGGUGAAUCCUGCUUCCUCGCUGAUCGAUCUCACUCCACGUCGUAGCUGUGAGCUGUAGGGCAGGGCUGCCGGAGGCGGCAUUUCUGCUCUGCCGGCGAUACCUUCCUCCGCUCCUGGUUCAGUAGUGAAAGAAAAACCUGGCACAGCCCAGCCUUAAUGUUGCUACAGCCAACAUAGUCCAACAACCUACAGUAGCCUUCUCCAAUCAGAUAUCUUAUUCACCUAUGAUUUUAAAGCUCAUCUUAGGGUUGCUGUGGUGCCUUGUCCACUUGGUGAUCAGCUUCUUUGGUUCAUUGUCACAUCUGAAGAAUGAUCUAGAAUGCUAUCUCAUUUCAUUCAAGUUGUUGCCCAAGUACCGAAAUCUACAUCUUGAGAGACUUGCAUACUUGGGUGUUGUAGUAGAUAGCAGAGAGGCAAAGAAUGCUUUGAAGGUCAAGCAACUUUUACGCUGGUUCUCAACUAUUGGGAUUAAUUAUCUAAUUCUCUAUGACAUUGAAGGAGUACUAAAGGAGUUGAUUCAACCUGGUAUAGAAACCUCAACAGAUGGGAACCCAAUAAAUUCUUUAGAUGUAGUUGCAGAUACCAAAGCUUCAUGCUAUAGACAUGGAGGGAUGUUUAUGGAGUGUCUAUCUAGCUCUGAUGGCAAGGAAGCCAUCGCCAAAGUAGCAAACUUACUGUAUUCCACUUGCUGCAACUCUGAUAACAAAAGUGAGAUUGCGUUUACAGAAGCUGACAUGACUCAUGCACUGAAAGCUGUAGGUACUGGUGGGCCAGAACCUGAUCUUCUCCUUGUGUAUGGUCCUGGUAGAUUUCAUUUGGGAUUUCCUGCAUGGAGAUUACGGUACACAGAGAUUAUGUACGUGGGUCCACUGGAAUCAAUGAAAUAUGGUACCAUUGUGAAAGCUUUAUAUCGGUUCUCACGUAAAUAUCAAAAUUAUGGAGGCAUUUCACUCUUGGUUAUUUUCCACUACAGUUUCGAUGUAUUUAACUAUCAGUUAAAUCCUCAUAAAAGUACUUCCUCCGUUUCACAAUGUAAAUGAUACUGAGUCUGAGAGCGAGGUAGUACUUGUUUACAGAAGACCCAUUUUUAUGUGAAGGGGACGCUUCUGGAACUGACCAAAUUUCACGCAAGUCUUGGCAGCUAUCGGCAUUGUGCUUCCUUCCUUUCUGAUAGAGAAUCGAAAUGGGCUACUCGUAGAAUGAAUGUUAGUUUGUUUUCGUCAGAAUGUAAAACUACAUAUGUGCAGUUCAGUGGUAAAAACUCUCAAACCGAACACGUGUACCGAGAUUGUCUUGUUUUUCACCCUGUGAAAUUCGCUCUCAUCUCUCACUGUUGUACUUGAUGCACAAAAUGUACAAACUGCCAAGAUAUUGUGUUUUUCAAUGAAUAGUAGUUUUACACUGUUUACUUCCUA